AAACUAUCGGACAGUAUAUACGGAUGUGUUUAAGACAGUGUUUGUUUUUGAAUUAUGGGACUUAUCGGAGCUAUUUGACAUGUAAAACACAGUUUAUUCACCAAAACAAUUGCUGAAAUGAACAACUUCGCAACAGUCAUUAUCAUAUUCGGGUGUGUUUUAGUGUGGGCAUAUGCAGAUCGCGAAUUGAUACAAUACUUAAGGUCAAGCGGCAAUGAAAUUACUAUCACAAACGGCGGGGACGUGCUUUUAUACGGUAACAAAAAAUGGGAAUCGAAUCGAGUUAUAGAUGGAAGUAUUGGCGAUGCAGCCGACUGCAGCUGUUGCGCUGCUUUACAUCGCCCAGCUUGGAUCAGCAUAGAUUUCCACAAGCCUCAUUCAUUUUCCCAAAUAGUAGUGUAUGGUAGAAAUGACGCAUCAAUCACCCAAUCACAAAAUCUACAAAUUACCAUCGAUGAUGGCUUCGUGACGUUUCAACAAUCAAUUGAUGUCAAUACUACAGGAGUAUUUGUGUUAAAUGCGUCUGAGUCGCAUCAAAUUGUUCAAUCAAUCAAUAUUUCUUCGUACAGUAAUGGCGUCAGUGAAACCAUCAUGACCGUUUGCGAAGUAAAGGUUUUUCAAACAGUCAAUAAAACAACACAGUCAUCAACGUAUGGAGAGUGUUAUGCAAACAAUGCCCUUAACAACAUAACGUUUUCCACCCUCGGGGAGAUAUGUAAAGCGUGUGCCGUGACAGACGGCUCACAAAUACCUUGGUGGGAACUUGAUCUUGGCGAUGCACAUUUACUCAGAGAAUUCAGGAUUCUUGGACGAACUGAUCAAAUUAAUUCUGGACAGAGCACAGACCUUAAUAUUUACAUCAGUAAUAAAACACUGAAAGGGCUAAUUGACAACUCAUAUGACAAUCUUCAUUGUGAAGACACCCCGUGUACAGUUCAUUUUGAUCAACCGAGAGUCGCCCGUUUUAUUACAGUCAACCAUCCAAGUAAUUAUCCUGUAAUUACACUUUGCGAGGUUUACAUAGAUGCUGGAUAUUGUCCACAUAAUAAAUUCGGCGAUAAAUGCUCUCGCACUUGUCAUUGUACGCAAACGUGUGACGAUUUAACAGGAUAUUGUAACACAUGUAGUCCUGGAUGGAUGUCUGCAACUUGCGAACAAGCUUGUCCUAACGGAAAAUACGGUAUAAACUGCCUCAUGAACUGCAGCAAACAGUGUCGGAAACCAGGUGUCUGCCUCAAUUCAAACGGCAGCUGUAUGAGCGGUUGUACAGAAGGAUACAAUUACACUGCAUCACCAUUGUGCGAUAAAGCAUGCGAUCAUAAUCAUUAUGGGUCAAACUGCAAUUUAACCUGCAAUUGUAAUGGAAAUGAUGAUUGUAACAAAUCUACUGGAGUUUGUCCAGGACAGUGUGAGAAAGGGUGGAAAGGAAACAGCUGCUCAGAAAAGUGUGAUCAACAAAGGUUCGGUCAAAAUUGUAGUCAGCGAUGUUAUUGUGCUGAUAAUGUCAUGUGUGACCAUGUGAACGGAGCAUGUCCAGGCGUGUGCCAACCAGGCUGGACGGGGAAAAGUUGUUCAAAAGAAUGUGAAAAGGGAUUAUAUGGUCAAAACUGUUCAUCAGAAUGUCAUUGUCAGGACGGCGUAGAUUGCGAUCAUGUCCUUGGUAAUUGCUCUGAUAAACUCUGUGCACCAGGCUGGUUGAGUUUUGACUGCAGUCAAGCAUGUGAAUAUGGUAUCUAUGGAAUGAACUGCACGGGCACGUGUCACUGUCAACAUGGUGACCAAUGCGAUCACGUACAUGGCAACUGUUCUGACCACCAAUGCGCUGCAGGAUGGACGUCUUAUGACUGCAGUCAAGCCUGCGCAUCUGGGUAUUACGGGGAAAACUGUUCCAUGGACUGCCAUUGUGAUCAAUGCCAUAACGUCAAUGGCUCGUGUGCCUUGUAUUCAACCCUGUGUCAAAGAGGAUUCAGACUAACAGGCGAAUUUUGUACACGUAAGUACUUCCUGUCAGCUCUUUCGGGUAAAACCUAUUAA